CCAAUCAGCGCUCAGCUCCACAGCAGGGCACUGGAACUCCGCUCGGUGUCCGCAGUGCAGCUACGCUACGUUCUAGCUGACGCGCCCAGCCGCACUGUACUCGCCUAAGAAAAUGACUUUGAAGGCUGAAUUUGAGCGAUAUGCAGAGGAUGUAAAGAAAGUGAAGACCAGACCUACAGACCAAGAGCUGCUGGAUAUGUACGGCCUCUACAAGCAAGCUAUCGUUGGGGACAUUGAUAUUGAUAAACCUGCAAACACAGAGUUGAAAGGGAAAGCCAAAUGGGAGGCAUGGAAUUCAAGAAAAGGUAUGUCAAAUGAAGAUGCCAUGAAUGCCUACAUUUCACUGGCCAGGGAAGCCAUUGAGAAGUAUGGAAUGUGAUGGGGGAACAUCUCCCUAGUUUUAAGCAGAUAUCAAAGUUUCAUAAUGAAAAAGCUGCUAGAUUAGUUUGUUCUUCUUAUUCUUCUUCUUUUUAUGUGAUAUAGAUUAACAGACUAAAAGAUAAUUAACUUGGCUUCAUAGAGAUGCCACCUGCUAUCUCAUUACAAAUCAGAUGAGACCUAAAGAUGUAAGCAUAUAAUUUUGUAAUUGAAUAAAGCUGUCCAGUAUCAUGGUAA